AUAUAAAGGUGUAAGUCGACUGCCAUGAGGUGAUUAGGUUUGCAGCUUGCUAUUGGGAGUAAUGAAGAAGUUACGGCUUUCGUCGUCGUCUUCCUUAUCUCUGCUUCUCAUCAUAUCUAUAAUCGGAAUAUUUGCCACCUCCACCGUCCACGGCGGCGCUCCUCACCGGAUUCUUGUGGAUACCGAUGUUGACACCGACGAUUUGUUUGCCAUAUUAUACCUCUUAAAGCUUAAUCGAUCUGAAUUCGAGUUGAAGGCAAUAAGUGUGAACACGAAUUCAUGGACAAAUGCUGGGCAUGCUGCAAAUCAAAUAUAUGAUAUGCUUUACAUGAUGGGCCGAGAUGAUAUUGCUGUUGGUGUUGGAGGUGAGGGUGGAAUCCUCCAAGACGGUACAAUCCUACCUAAUGUUGGAGGCUAUCUUCCUAUAAUUGACCAGGGACUCGGCACAACCGGACCUUGUAGAUAUAGACAAGCUAUUCCUAUCGGAGGUGGUGGAAGAUUAGACAUCGACACAAACUAUGGUUUGCGAAGAAGCAUUCUUCCACAGGGAAGCAGGAGAUACGCACCUCUUCGACAGCCGACUGCACAGGAAGUACUGAUCAAGACGAUAUCGGAGGGCCCGAUUAGCGUAUUUAUUAUCGGAAUACACACAAAUUUUGGUAUUUUUCUUAUGAUGAAUCCACAUUUAAAGAAAAAUGUGAAGCAUAUUUAUAUCAUGGGUGGUGGUGUGAGGUCCAAAAACCCAACUGGUUGUUGUCCCAAAAAUGACACAUCUUGCCAGCCUCAGCAGUGUGGUGACCAUGGCAACAUGUUCACUGCCUUCAGAAGUAAUCCUUAUGCUGAGUUUAACUUCUUUGGUGACCCAUUUGCUGCAUAUCAGGUUAUUCAUUCUGGGAUUCCGGUGACCCUCGUUCCUUUGGAUGCUACGAAUACGAUUCCCAUUACUCAAGAGUUCUUUGAGACGUUUGAGCGUAAUCAACAAACGUAUGAAGCGCAAUACAUUUUUGAGUCGUUGAAGAUGGCUCGUGAUACUUGGUUCGACGAUCAAUUCUUUACGAGUUAUUUCAUGUGGGAUUCGUUUAUGUCGGGUGUUGCUACAUCGUCUAUGCGUAACAUGUAUGAACCCGAGAAAAAUGAAUUUGCUGAACUGGAGUACAUCAAUAUCACCGUGAUUACGUCGAACACGCCUUAUGGGAUAUCUGAUGGCUCGAAUAAUCUCUUCGAUGGGCGGAAGAUCUCGAAAUUCAAGUUGCAAAAAGAUGGAGUUCAUAGCGGUCAUGUUCAAACCGGCAUUCAAGAUCCGUUUUGCCUCCGUGAGAACGGGACCGGGAUAUGUAAGGAUGGUUAUACGGAAGAAGUCACCGGACCGGACUCAGUGCGUGUACUCGUUGCUACUCGGGCAAAACCAAAUGUCGACAAAACAAGCUCAUUGGACAGAGAAUUUUUUGUUAAUUUUCUCGACGUAAUAAACCGACCUCAAAAUAGAGGCCGAUUCAAUUUCACGUCCGAAUUCCCUCAUUACAAGGAAGUUUUCUACAAACCCGAUCUCAAAGGGAAGAAACUCGGAAAGAUUGUGGUGUUCGAUAUGGAUAUGAGUCCCGGCGAUUUCUUGGCUCUAUUUUAUCUCCUCAAAGUACCCAUUGAAGAAAUCUACCUCAAGGCAGUACUAGUAACCGGAACCGGUUGGGCGAAUGCAGCAACGAUAGACGUGGUCUAUGAUUUGUUACAUAUGAUGGGUCGUGAUGACAUCGUUGUUGGCUUAGGAGAUUCGUUUGGUUUGAACCAGUCGUAUCCGAAUAACCCCAACGUUGGUGACUGCAAGUAUUCCGAGGCUAUCCCACACGGAAAUGGUGGCCGAUUGGACUCGGACACUCUCUAUGGACUUGCUCGCGAUUUACCACGAAGCCCAAGAAGGUACACAGCGGAAAAUUCUGUCGCAUUUGGAGCCCCUCGUGAUACCGAUUUCCCUAAACUUCGACAACCGUUAGCAAUAGAAGUUUGGAGAUCGCUAGUGAAAUCCAUCGAUCAAGGAUCUAAAAUCACAAUCUUGACGAACGGACCAUUGACAAACUUAGCAAACAUUCUACUUUCGGACACAAAUUCUAGCUCGUUCAUUCAGGAAGUAUUUAUACUAGGUGGGCAUAUCAACUCCAAGAACGACGAAGAGAAAGGAAAUGUGAUCAAUAUUCCUUCAAACGAGUACGCCGAACUGAACAUGUUUCUCGAUCCUUUGGCUGCAAAGACCGUCUUCGAAUCAUCACUUGAUAUCACGCUCGUUCCUCUUCGUAUGCAACGGAAACUCUACGCGUUUCCAGAGAUCAUAGAAAGGUUGAAACAGAAGAACACAUCUGAAGCUCUUUUCACUCGACGUUUGCUAACGAAGCUUGAUCGCUUACAACAGAAGCAUUACAGAUAUCGACAUACGGAUACGUUCAUCGGAGAGAUUUUAGGCGCGGUUAUUUUGGCCGGUGAUCAACAAAUUCUCAAUUCGACCUUCGAAUCGAAGCAUCUAAAGGUCCAUGCGGAUGGAAAUUUAUCGAAGGAUGGAGAAGUCAUUGUUGACACAGAAAAAACGAAAGGAUUCGUCAAAGUAUUGGAGGACUUCAAUCAUGUGUCGUGUUACGUUAUCUAUGUAGAUCGUCUCGCAAGCCGAAAUCAAUCGGCUGUUAUCGGAAACUUUGACGAGCAAAAAAGGCGUUGGAGUUCACCGUAAACGAUAACCAAAUUACGUGAUGUGUGCACCUCCUUUGUGUUUUUUAACUUGUUACAAUAAAUUUAAGUGUAUGUAUAUCAUCGAAAAACCCUGUUCUGUUUACGAUAAAAUAAAUAAACGAAUUAAAGGGAACGUAAC